AUGCACUUCUUCGAGGCGUCAAUUGAUCUGAGAUCCUCAACGUACGCUCACGGGGCUGUAUCCCUUCUCAGACAAACUCCUUCCACCCCCAUGCCUGAUCCCGGUCGCUGGGAAAGUGUCUUCCGGUCUCCUCGAACGCUGUCUCCUUUCGUCUGUCGGCGGGUUGAUGCGUUGCCUUUGCCCAACUCCAACCGCGGGAGUCUCCCGAACGGAUGGCUUCUCCGAGUCCUCGAUGCGAGUCCCAAUUCCUCACAACCAGAUCGCGAUCUCGACGUCCGGCGGGUGGUCAUUUCUUGUCUUUUCAGGCCACCACUCAGAGACAACCGGCGAACCGGCGAACCGGCCAACUCUUACCUGAACUUGCUCGUCCGACUUGUCCGACUUGCUGCUCAAUCGCACGCCGACCGGCUUCUUACGCUUCGGCUCGUCCGCCCUCCCGUCGCCACGCUGGCCGAUGCUGUUGCCGGUGCCUCCGUGCGGAAGCCACUUUUGCAGCAUUCCGUGGCCGGCGACCGUGGCGAGGCCGAGGGCCAACUCGACGCCCAACAGCUCGCAGAGACCCGGUCCGCGAGGAUUGCUAUCGGCCAGAACUCUCGCCUCUUGCAGUAUCGCCUGAAAAGAAAGAAGGGAAAGGAGGGAGAGGAGGGAGAGAAGGGAGAGAAGGGAGAGAAGGGAGAGGAGGGAGAGGAGGGAGAGGAGGGAGAGGAGGGAGAGGAAGGAGAAGAGGGAGAGGAGGGAGAAGAGGGAGAAGAGGGAGAGGAGGGAGAGAAAGCGGAGGAGGAAAUAGAGAAUAUGAAAGGAGGAAGAGAAAGAGGAAGAAAAGGAGUGGAAGUGGAACAGGUAGGGAAAGAAAAAUGUGAUAAAUAA